CGGCUUGAACAUGUCUUUCGCUCUCUCCUCUCUUCUGGCGCCGGUCACCUCGCCAUGUCUUGGUCUCCGGCCAUCUUCUUCGGCUGCACGCUGGCUGCACUUUUAGCGCCAGGCCUAGCUCUGGAUUUCAAGGACUUUGCCUAUGACUACGCCCCUUAUCUCCGCUUCGACAAGAAGGAAGGAAACACCGAUCUGUGCUUCCCCCACAACGCCUCCGACUACUACCACGUGCGGAAGGCGGGCGACACGUCCCGCCAGUGUAACAUGGACUAUGCCACGGUGUCCAACGGCGACAUCCCCACCUACUGGCACGCCAUGACAUGCGGUUACCACCUCCACAUUGCAUACUGGAGCUUCUACGGCUACAACCACGACUGCGACUGCUGCUCCGGCGAGCGAGACGCCUGGUGGGAGUUCGUCGUCGUCAAGGUCCGUGACUGGGACCUGCAGCCGCACAUGCACGAGGUCAUGUUCGGCCAGAAGAAAGGCUGGUACACGAGGAUCCCAGGCCACUACGAGGUCCACGACACCACGCACCCCGUGGCGUACGUCGGCAAGGCCUCCCACGGGACCUACCACGACGACGGAGGCACCGGCACCUGCUGCUACUUCGAGGACUUCAGGAAUCCAGGGUCUGAAGACAGACAUAUGAAGACGUGGCUGAACCUGGUGGAGCUGAAGCAGGCUGGACGGCGAGGGGUGGAUGGAAGACGCCGACGCCGACGUGUGGAACGGCCUCCUCGCGCCCACCUUCAGGAGCGACUGGGACCUCUGCUCCCUCGUCGGCUGCACUGGGUCCUCCCUCCAGCUGUGCGGGACGUCGGGAUGCCACAAGAGCGACAUCGGCAGCGACCCGUUCUAAGGUUCUCGAAAGGUCCACCGAGAAGGCGAAACCGAUGAGGAAUUGCAGCAUUCGCGGCCGAUUCUGAAAGCCAAAUAUAUUAUGAGAAUUG